AUGGAAGCAUCAGAAAUAUUAGAUGCAAUGCAACAAUCAACAAUCUCAACGAGAUCUGACUUGAUCGAAAACUCCGAGCUGAUUAAACACCAAUACUCUGAACAAUUAAAAGAAGAUCGAAAAGAAAUAAUAUCCGUAUUGGAAUCAAGUGAUAUUGAAAGUAUCCCAGAGAAAAUUCGUCGAUGGUUAGAAAAGCAAAGCGAAGAACGUCGGCAACAGUUUGAAAAAUAUCAACAAAUACACGAAGAAAAACAAGCACACCAUCUAGCUACUGAUCAAGCGCAGAUAAUCGAAUUAGCCUGUGUUUUAAAUAAAUUAGCUAUUAACUCUCAAAAUGCAGAUGAAUUCUGUGAAAAAUUGAAAAAUGAAGAAAAACGUUUGACUGAGAAACAUCAAGGGCUUAAAUCAUUAAGGAAAACGGUUACCGUACCGGUUAUCAUUCGGCAAGCAAUCCGAAGAGGCAGCGUUGUUGUUGAUGUUUUUGUAAAUCCACCAUAUGGACAACAAGUUUUUCAACAACUAAUAGCUGGCGGAAUAUCUGACAUUGGCGGUUUUGACACUAUCUCAAUAACAUUAGGAGAACUCGAUUUAGGUGUAAAACAAGAAAGAAUGAAUGAGCGGUAUAAUCGAUAUUAUGAAGAUUGUUUUGGAGGUACAUAUUGGACUAAACCCUUGAAACGAGGUGGAAAACCUUACUUUUGUCCCCAAGGUUGGCGUCGUUUUGGAAUCAAAGUUGCUGAUACAAAAGAGGAGUUUGACCGACGUUGGGGACAUUGGUGCAUGGCAUAUCAUGGUACAGCACAUACAAAUGCAGCCCGCAUAUUGGCCACAGGACUACGAGUCGGCAGAGGGUGCCAUUCAAAAAACAAAAUGGUCGUUUAUCUAUCUCCUAGUAUUACUUAUUGUGCUCAUUACCGUUAUUCGAAACCGUGGAAAAAUUCUCAGAAGCCAGGAAAAUAUUAUCAAAUGAUUUUUCAAUGUCGCGUAAAUCCUGAAGUUUUAACACCGGACAAAAUCAAAUCUCAAACUCUUAAGUGUCCAAAAUAUAUUCGUAUUGAUGAACAUUUCGCUAAUGACGAAAUAGAAUGGAUAAUUGAUUCAGCAGAUAAUGAAAACUUUAUAACCGAUAAUAUCAUUUGCUAUGGUAUAAUGAUACGUGUUUGUGAUAGAGAUCCAUAUGAGUUACCAGAAUCAGAAUGGUGGCAAUAUACACCAUAUCCAAGAGACUAUCAGUAG